AUGUCCACCCACCUCCUCACCCUCUCUCCCACCCCCCAGCCAGCCAAGAAGCUGCGCCCAUGCCUCUCGCCCUCGCGCCACUCCCGUUCCACGAGCCCCGCCGAGUCGCAUCGCAUGGCUCUGGGCUCGUCGCGUUCGCCCUCUGCCUCUAGCGUCUCCUCCGUCUGCACCGAGAGCACCAGCAGCAACGGCUGGUACAAGCGCAAAUGCGUUCGCUGGCAAGGCGACUAUGACGGGUGUGCCGUCACAUCUUACUUUGCCACCUACUCUGCUACCGAGUACGACCGUACUCCACUCGCCCCGCCUUCCGAAGAGGAGCGUGCCUGCGUGCUGCCUGCCCGUGGAUCUCGCUGCCUCUCGACCCUCUACAUCGACAAGGUUGAGGAGGAAGAACCGCUGGAAGAGUGCGAGUCGGAAGAUGACAUAGUCCUCCCACGCUCUCCGUUCGCCACCCCCGAAGACUCUGACUCUGAAAGGGAGGAAGAGGACGGUGGCGACGAAUGGUCCGAGUGCUUUGCUCGCCGCCGCAUGAUGUUCGCCAGCAUGCGUGGUUUGGAAAGCGACGGUCCCCAGUUUGAGGGCUACCGCUCCCUUUCAUCCACCCUCGCCGACCUCCUCCGCUCUGUCAGCUGCGACGACGACGGAGUCAGCACCCCGCGUGUCGGUGGCUCGGCUACCCCGGCCGACGAGGACGAGGACGGCGAAGAGGCGCCGUCGUCACCCUGCGUCCCCGACCUCUUUGUUCGUCUCCGCGAGUCGAGCACUGAGAGCGACACUGUCGCCACACCGUCACUCACGUCCGCGGACUCUGACGGUGACUGCUCUGGCCUCGCCUCUCCCGACGGCUCUGCCUUGGACUUUCUUCCAGGUGCGCCUUGGAAGGCAGCCUCCCUCGCGCUUCACCGCGAGUGCACCCUCAACCUUUAA